GUGAAGUGGAGGAGAAUCAUGACAAUCCUGGAGAAAAACCUUUGAGUUGCUCAAAGACUAAAAAGACUUUUUUAAAGAAAAGAGCCAAGAAAUCUACAACCUGCACUCAGUGUGGAAAGAGUUUGUCAACCAAACAACAUCUUAAGAUUCACAUGAGAGUUCAUAUAGGAGAGAAGCCGUUCACAUGUGAUCAAUGUGGGAAGAGUUUCACACGAAAAGGAGAUUUUAAGGAACACAUGAGGAUCCACACUGGAGAGAAGCCGUUCACAUGUGAUCAGUGUGGGAAGAGCUUCACACGUAAAGGACAUCUUAAGGAUCACAAGAGAGUUCACACUGGAGAGAAGCCACACACAUGUGAUCAAUGUGGGAAGAGUUUCACACGAAAAGGAGGUCUUAAGAGGCAUAUGAAAGUUCACACUGGAGAGAGACCGUUCACAUGCCAUCAAUGUGACAAAACAUUUCUAAGGUCAUCAGACCUGAAGAGACACCUGAGAGUUCAUACAAAGGAGAAGCCACAUUCAUGUUCUGUGUGUGAAAAGAGUUUUUCACUGCUGUGUAGUUUACAAAAACAUGAGAAAAUCCAUACUGGUGUGAGAGAGUAUGUGUGCUUUGAGUGUGAGAAAACUUUUACUACAGUAAACCAUUUAAAAGUGCACCAGAGAAUUCACACUGGAGAAAAACCUUACAAGUGUUCAUACUGUGACAAGAGAUUUAGUCAGUUAUCAAAUCUGAAAACACAUGAGAGGAUCCACUCUGGAGAAAAACCUUACAAGUGUUCAUACUGUGACAACAGAUUCAGUCGGUCAGAACAUCUGAAAACACAUGAGAGGAUCCACACUGGAGAAAAACCUUACAAGUGUUCACACUGUGACAAGAGAUUCAAUCAGUCAUUAUAUCUGAAAACACAUGAGAUGAUCCACACUGGAGAAAAACCUUACAAGUGUUCACACUGUGACAAGAGAUUCAAUCAGUCAUCACAUCAGAAAACACAUGAGAGGAUCCACAGCAGAGAG